AUGGAGGCACUUGCGGUGAGAACGCAUUUACAGACCACCCUCUCAACUCAUAAUGAGUUGCACUGGUCCCAUACUUCCCUAUCCAAUGCUACCCCCAACGAGGAAGGAAAAGAAGGUCUGAUGCACGAGGAAUGGAGUUUCAUGGCUAAGGAGGUUUGCCGAGAGACACUGAAAUGCGCCUACUUUGGUGACGACCGAGUCUUACACACUUCAGAUGACAUGUUAUGGGAAGGCUUGUUGGAAACGUGGGAGGAGCAGUUGGAGAGGAGCUGGGGUGCCGGGAACCUCGAGAGAGCGCUGCAGCACUGGCUGCAACUGCCACCAUAG